AUGGCGGUGUCUCAUCAGUGGUUCAUUCAGUGGUCGUCGCCCUCUAUAAUCUUCGCGGAUAUAACGCGGCAGUAUCAGGGAGUGAACAACGCGUUCGACGGCUACGAGGCGGCGCGGCGGAGCGGAAUUAACCCUCUGGAAGCGGGAGCUAGAGCGCCGAACGGUUUUACCCAUAGUCGACAGUCAUAUAAUCGGCGGAGGCUCACGACGCACCGCGACUUUGCAAAACAGCGAACAUCUGAUAUUUACGAUCGUGCCAGAUCAGCCGCUGUCACGCUAUGGCUGGCGAUGAUGGGAACCGCCCAGACACAGUCAGUGCCCGCCGACAACGACACGCCGCCCUUCAGCACGCUCUACAAGUGGAAGACGGUGGACUUUGAGUUCCCCAGCAUCCAGCAUCGACGCCAGGCGCUACUAUCCGGGACAUAUAUCCCGUCAAACGUGUUACCUCUAGGUUUAGAGGUAUGGGGCUCUAGAAUAUGGGUGACGCUACCUAGCUGGCGAAAGGGUGUGCCUGCUACGCUUGCUACAUUGCCUCGUGGUGGAGGAUUAACGUCACCAGCGCUUAAACCUUACCCGAACUGGGGUUACCACAGAGGUUUUAAUGAAGAAAACGAGUGUUCAGGAUUGACGUCCGUCUUCCGCGUGAACGCUGAUCACUGUGGCAGACUGUGGGUACUCGACUCCGGACAGAUAAACGCACAAGAUAACCCGGAGCAAGUGUGCCCGCCGAGCGUGGUAGUCUUCGAUCUAAGGACCGACACCAUGAUUGCAAGAUAUCCGAUACCCGACGAAUACGUGCUGCAGGACUCUUUGUUCUCAAACAUUAUUGUCGACAGCAGAUUCAAGGACUGUUCGGACCUGCACUUAUACAUAGCCGACACUUGGAGGUUCGGGCUACUGGUUUUUAGAGAGAGCGAUCAAAGGUUCUGGAGAUUCUCGCACCACCUGUUCUAUCCAGAUCCGCUAGCCUCCAACUACACGUUGCACGGAAUGAACUUCCAAUGGGCCGAUGGUAUUUUCGGCCUCGCUUUAACACCGGUCGACUACCACCGCGAGAGGAUACUGUACUUUCACUCUAUGUCGAGCUAUAGGGAGUUCUACGUGUCAACAAAAGUACUCCGCGAGCCAUCGCGCGUGAAUGACAGCGCGACGGAAUUCAACCUGGUCGGCGAGAGCCGGGGACUGUUUGGGCAGUCCUCGGCCUCGGCUAUCGAUAGACGCGGAGUUAUGUUUUAUGGCUUGGUGACAAGGGACAGCAUAGGCUGUUGGGACACGAGGAAACCGUACAGCAGGGGCACUACGGGCAUAGUGGCCAUGAACACGGAGACCAUAGUGUUUCCCAAUGACAUAAAGAUCGAUCAAGAGGAGAGGCAGAGCGUUUGGGUGAUAUCAAACAGACUGCCGAUGUUCCAAGCGGGCACUUUGAGCGAAGAGGACUACAACUUCCGAAUCAUGUACGUUGAUACCAUGGCUGCGGUACAGAACACGGUAUGUGAUCCGUUGUUCCAGCUCUCUAGCCCUCCGGGCUCGGUGAAGCAGCGCGGUCCGUUGCCA